AUGGAGGAUCUGGUUGUGCGUGCCAAACGUCUCUUGCACGGAACAAAUUGCUGGCUGCUUUUAGCAGCCCAGCAUCCCCAGGCCAAUGUCCAUUUUAUCCACUACACAUCUCCUCGCUUGCAUCGUGAGGCCAAGGCUGACACUAACCAGAUUGUGAACUCAUUUGCUGACACUAUCAACAACCUUCAGAAUGCUCGGCGAACCGAUGCCAUCGAGUUGUCGCAAAAACUCUCGGAAGCUAAUCAGUCUAAGGAACGGGCAGAGGCUGAGUUAGCUAGACAACAGGUUGACCUUGCAGAAAAAGAUGCAUUGAUCUCUGAAUACAGAAGCCGGCUGGGGUUGCCUUAA